GUAUUUUUGAUUUUUGCGCAGCUGCCCCCUUGGGCCAACUUUACCCUCUCUUGUUGUUCUCUCUCUCUCUCUCUCUCUCGUUCCUUCCUUCUUUACGUCUCGCCGUGUCGUUCCCCCCAUCCGAGUUCGCAGCUGCGUGUAUGCGUAUUUCCGUUACUCCGUACGGGGAUACGACUUACCACCUUACCGAUCUACAUUACUCCGUCGGUACGAUGCUUUUACUUAUGUUCAAGUAGCAGCAAGUGCUGCUAGACACUACAAAGUCUCCAAUUACUAGGUAACUCAAUGCUCUCAGCGACAGGACAUCCUGAUGGUUAAGGCCCUCUAGGAUCGGUCUGCCAUCGGAGGUCUCUGACGAUCUUUCGUGAUCGGCGUCGAUGACCAGCCCGGAUGGUAUGCAGAGAUUCGGGGAAGAAGGAAGGAAAUGGCAAUGGAUGUCGUGCAGCGGUCAGGUGGUGGCCCCGGAGGUACUCGAUCAGGCCAUCAACAGCUCAAAGCACCUUCCACCUUUAUCUGGACCUCAUCCGGAUACUCUGGGAGCUUUACUCCUUCUAAUGGCCUGUCAUUGACCCCAGCCCUCCAGAUCCCGACCGAGUCGGCUUUCCCCAAACCAUCAUGGUCCAAAGAGCCCGUGAGCAGAGCAGUCGAUAAGGGCAAUCCAACCGAGCCUUGCGGGACCGGGUGCAGUAUAGCAGUAUGGUGGGAGCAGCAGCAGCAGCAGCAGCAGCAGCAGCAGCAAUCAGUUGGAUUUUGUGAGAAGGCUAACGCAAGAGGCAGACGAGGCGAGACGAGGCGAGACAGAACGACAGCAUCGAACUGGAAGGUAACACAGACUGCAUCCACCAAGGCAACCACCCGACAUCGACACCUGAGGCAUCAACGGGAAGAACCGGCCACCGGCCUGCGGCCUCCGAUCCCCCCCGGCAGCCCGGUCGGCCCCCAUCCCAUGGCAUAGCGCUGCAGGAAGCAGGAAGCAAGCAGGAGGGGGAGGGGGAGGAGGAGGGAUGCCUUUCCGAUGGAAGACCGCAACUCAUAGCACUAUCUACUGUGCUGUGUAACCUGCGGGUUUGGGGGUUUGAUAAUUGAAGGCUUUAUAGCCCAGCAGGCAAGAUCUCGAACCCCCCACGGCAUUUCCCGCGAAUGGGGAGCUGCGGAGAACAGCUUCCAACCAUGACGUCUGCCUCAAUCACUUCCCCGCCAUCGCCAUCGCCGUCCGCAACCAAUUGGCCAUUCAGCCAGCAGAAGGGAAUGCAUGCCCACAGGAGUCCAGAAGUACAAACAAAGUACGGCCGUCCCGUUUUCACUUUCGGCCGGGAGUGAGAUUGAGUGAGACAGACUACUGGCCCACUGGCCUGACCCUGGCCUGGAGG